GCAGUGACUCAUGUUGUUCUGCGGAAUCACUGGAAGAACCUCCGGCAAGCCGAGUCUGGAAUAUUCACAAGUACAUCCUGUUAGCUUUGCAUGCGUUCUUCUACGUCUUCCGAUUUUCCAUUGCGUUAGCUUACUGGAGCUUUUCACAUUGAUAUCUAGUCCGUCGACGCAGGGAAAGGUUAUUAAUAUCUGCAGUUCCACAGAAGCCAUAUUCUGUUUUGUCCACUACAAAGCAUUCAGUUGAUUCCUCAACAUUCCGGCAUUAAUUUAUGUAACAUUUUAUGGUUGGAUUGUCAUGCUAUUGGAAUUCAAUAUAGUUCUCACUAACUUUGAGUGUUAGAUUGCCCAUUGCAUUGACAUAAUAGGGUCAACGUGAUCAAUAGGCCACCACAUGCAUACAGUAAGUUUUGCUGUCUGUAAUAUUUAUUUCUUCUCCCACUGAUGAAAAAAAAAUUGACAUUUAAACACAGGAUGCAUUCUUUAUUUAUUUUUCUUAUCCAUCUCAGAGAACACAUUUUCUCAAAUGUGCUACGAAAGCACACCUCGAAACUCACAACUGACCCCUCUGUCAUUGGGUGACACUGCAGUCUAUUGAAUUGUGCGUGUGUGUGUGUGUCACACGCUUCACCGUUCAAUUGGGAAGGGCAUCACACAGAAUGUCAUUUAGCUUCUGGGACAAAGCAUCAGUAAGCAUCUCCACUUCAUCCCGGUGGAUACUUUGAGACGAAGAUUUGAAGGUUCCAAAUAUCUGAAAUGUGUGACCAACAAAAAAAAGUCAAGAACAAAAAAACAGAAGGCAAAAGUCAAGAAAUGAAACACCAUCACUCCAAACAAACUCACGGUCACCUACAUCAUCGUCAAAAGAAGUUCCAUCAGUCGGAUGAGGACAACCAAGACACCCAUUCAACAGCGGAGGACAGCUUGCUAAGUGAUCACGUCUCGCAUCGUUACCAUCGCAAGCAACAUCGUGGCCAGCUUUCUCUAUCUGAAACCUCUUUCACUUCAUCAUACGGUUCUUCUUCAUCCACUUUCUCCUCUUCAUCAACAACCGCCUCUUCAUCUUCUUCAUCAUCCACGUCAGCAUCUUCCUCGAGUCUGUCGUCGGAGAAUAGCAGUGAAGGUUCCGAGGAAUUUCUUCUUAGGAGGCCCCAGCAUUCACAGUCUUGUAAUAACAUUUCUGAAAAGCACAAGUACAUCGAAGAAGAAGAAGACACCGCACCUUUGAUUGGAACCAGUGGUCACCCAGGCAAGCCGAAACAGGCAAAAGGCAAGUCUUCUCAUAAUGGCUCCAAGCAAGGCACCCGGAAGAAGACUCGUGACACAGCAAGUUUCCGCAAAUCUAAAUCUAUGGAGGCCCUCACGUUCCCCUCCGAAAACGAGGGGAACGAAGAAGAACAAGAAAGGAGAAAAAAUGAAAUCAGAAAGAAUUUAUUGAAGGAGAAAAUGAAAUUCUCUGCCUUUCUCAAUGAGAUCACUCGACAAGUUCUCAGCCCCAUGAGACUCACUACUCUGGGCGUUACAGAUGCUCAGAAACCGAGCAUCACCGAGUCGGCUUCCAGCAAGUCCGAGGACAAGAGGCGACACCAGAGGAGUCGACCUGUCAGCGCCGACUCUGUUACCUCCAGCCAAUAUUCUCAUUCUCAGCUUUCAAAGUCAAACUCGUCCCACCAUCAUCGUGGGCAUGACUCUCCAGACUCACCCAAAAGCUGCACUGACAUAAGUUAUUUGGAAAGACAUCCAUCAUGGUCCCAAACAUCUCAACAUUGCUCACGGUCACCCAGUUGGAAACAGAACCGCCGUCGGAACCAAGGAGAUAUUCAACGGUGUCAUCAUAGCCCGAGUUAUCACAGAUACGCCCGUGACAAAAGUCCUCAUCGUCAUCGUAGAUGUUACAGUCCCGUCUCAUAUUCCAGUUAUGAAGAUUGCGACAGUUCCAGCUAUCAUCACAACAAACGUUCUCCUCACAAUCACUAUGAAGACGACCGUGACGGAGGACGCUACGGCACUUUAACUCAUUCCCGUCAUCAUGACCCGGCUAAUCCUCAGCAGGGUGAAGAUCAUCUCCAUUAUCGCCGAGGAUACUUUCCUCGCCACGGAGGUCGUCACUCUCCAACGUAUUAUCAUGAAGAGCACCACAACCAUCAUCAGCAAAUUCGCAAUAGCCUAUCACAGCACCACAAAGACCGUCCAAAUAAAGGUCAUCACCAUAGCAACCAUUUAAAUACAAAACGUCCAACGACGCCGCGUCAUGGAAACCAAGCCCAAAACGAUAAACCAAAACAUCACCAUGGAGACCCCCGUGACCUCGCUCACCAUCACGGCUUAAAAGACCAACAUCAUCCUAAUCGUCAACAUGGAGAUCAGAUCCUGCAACAAAACCAUAGUGUCCAUGGAGAUGGACGGCCCCACCAGAGAUCCAAAUCUAGUGAAUUUGGAGACCAUCAUAAACCAAGUCAUCAUCAUCACCAUGGCGAUGACCACAAGGCGGUACAGCAACCUGACAGCCAGAAUUCCCAUCAAGAGCACCGCUAUGGAGCUCAUCACAUUCCAAAACGUCCCCAUUAUCAUGGAGACAGCCCAAGCCAUGAAGAUCGCCACAACAGUUCUCACCAUCAGCAUCACCAUGGCAACCACAACAGUGAAAUCCAUGAAAACCACCUUGGGGAUCCAAGUCAUCCUGAGCCACAUCUGCACAAACAUGAGCCGCAACAUGAGGAGAAGCACCGUCACAUAAAAGGGGAGUCUGCCGUCAGGUUGCCUCCAACCAGGAAGAUGAACACCACCUCCGGUCGAGACGAGGAACAAACCGACUUCACCGUCCCAUCGAUACCGCAAGAACCAACUCGUGAAAUGGACAAAAUUACGCUCCCCAAAGGAGAGAAUGAAGGUCAACGUUUAUUGACGUCAGCAGUCAAGAUGGAGUGUUUUGGAGAUUUUUUAAACAGUCAUAAGGUUUUGGAAGAAGAGCUCCAGAGGACGCGUAUGGAAUUGAGCAACCUCACAGAGAGUUUUAAAAUACUCCAUGAAAAUUGUUCAUCCACACAACAAACAAAUAGCCUACUGGAGCAAAAAUUGAACUCGGUGACUAAAAGCAUGGAAGGAGAGCGCCAGAGGUUGAGCCGACGUAUUUCAGCAUUGACGGAACAGCUGACCUCAGCCAAGUAUACCAACAAUGUGGAAACAUUUAAUGUCAAUUCCAUGCUGAGCGAACCCAACGACCAUUUUUUUCCAGACGAUGCCAUCAGUCAAUUUAUGCUCCCUCUGGCACCUCCUCCAGUCCAGUUCAUGGACAGCCAAAACUACGAGAAGGUCAAAGCUGCAGGGCAGGAACAAUGUCUGGGGUCGGUUCCAGAGGAGGAGGAGUCGGACUGGUCAGAAAUGGGGGAAGAGAUCCCGAGAUUUCUCCUAACAAACAGAAAUCAAGCAUGGCCGCCCGGGGAAGCAGACAUGGACAAAGACAGCGAGUCAGAGGAAAUUCUCUGUCUUCACUCUCCUCAACCUCUGCAGGUACCUCAUCUCAAAUUCACCAUCCACAAUGAGAUUUUACCUGCCCCACCAGGCAAUGCUUGCCUCUCAGCUAUAACAGAUGAGAGCGCAUUUCAGAUGGCCGCCAGCCAGAACCUUGGCUCGACCAUAUUGAUCAGGUCAACUAGCCUAGAGCAAAUCCCGCUUGCGUGCCAUCAAAUGCCAAAGGAACUGAGAGGCACGGAAGCCAUGAUGGACCUCCACCACCCUGGGGAUGAAGCUAUUGAUGAUUUAGACAAUGAGAUCAUCCAUCAUUGGAGAAGAAACAAUGACAGGGAUGGAAGGGCAUUGGAAGCUGAUAGCGCCCCCUGCAGUCUGCAGUCUGUUGAGCAGAUGCUCAACCAGUUCAUGUGCAAAGAACCUCAGUCCAGUGAGGGGAUAUGUCAGAGAAGGUCUGACAUGCAUGGAUGGACAGGCGGGAUUGCAGAGGAGGUUUUAGGAGGGGAGCAAACACAGCUGUGAUAAAAGAAACAAAAAAAUGGUUUGCUGAAUUCAGUAUAUAUAACUUAUUUUGCUAAUUUUUCCCCCCCUUCCCGUUUUAUUCAGCAGAUUUGAAUGAUCUUUUUAGAAAAAUCCAGCCAUUACCUUUGAAUGUGAAGAAAUAUCCUAAAAUACCCUCAAGGACUCCUGCUUGUAAAUACUUCAAAAAAGUAGUCAAAGAUUUGGAAGUGGAAUUUGAAAGAAUUUUGUAGAUAUGCUAUUCUGUAUAAAUGCAAUUUGAAGAAACGUUGAUGGUUUUUCCUGUGUAAAUAUAUUUCUCUGUAAAAAAAAAAAAUAAAAAAAAAAAAUAUAAGGAAAAUUAUUCACGUCUGCUCUGACCACAUAAUUACAGGAAUGAAAUAAACAAAUGGGAAAAUAAAUAAAUCAUUGAUCUGCAAUGUUAUGAAUGAAUAGUGUGCUUGUUUAGGUUUCAUUUAUCUUCUGUGAAAAUAUUUGACACAUUUAAAUUCUCAUGUCAAUUGCCUGGUGAGCUAUCCAGGGUGACCUCACCUCUCUCCUCGUGUCAGCUGAGAUAGACUCCACCCCCUGACCUUGCACGAGAUACGGUAGGUAUUGAUCAUGGAUAUUCUGAAAUGUGGCUUAUAUGCAAUGCUGUGGAGAAUGUCAAUAUCCUAAUUAUUAUAUUUUUCUUCACAGAAAUCAUGUUAAUAUAUAAUAAAUAGAAGGUUAGGGUUAGCAUGUAAGUUUUGUCACUUAACGGGUAGCUAUCACUCUUGUUUUCUCAAAUCCACUUUGUCAUCAGUGUCUGUUUGAUGGAUGCUGAGCAGACAAUGGCCUGGAUUCUCCUGACCACCUUAAUAGGAUAGGCAGGCAUUAGCAUUAAGACGCUCCCAGCGUUCAGGUUUGCCAAAUCCACUGUGUGGAGCUGCAUCGCAGUCGGUGGUUAUUUGUGGACUUUUUUUCAGCACUUUUGGGAGACAAAAAUAAG